AUGAUAUUCUCGAGACUAAGAAAAACUCCAAUAACAAAACUCGUACUGGGGGACACUGAGCUCCCAAAAACGACUAGACUGAAACUGCUUGGAAUUACAUUUGAUCCUAAACUUACAUGGAAACCCUAUGUACAAGACCUCCAUGUCCAAUGUAAAAGAAGACUUAAUAUUUUAAAAACACUAGCAGCAAACAACCGUGGAGUAUCCAAAGAAGUGCUAAUUACAACAUACAAAGCAGUGAUCCGCUCGAAACUGAACUAUGCAGCAACAAUCUAC